CAGAAGCACUAAAUAUCAGGACAAGGUGCAUCGCCAGUCUGCCCUGUUUCGUAGCUUUAUAGCUGUUUUAUCAAAUGUUGCGUUUCCUGUUGCUGUUCAGUCGCCAGGGAAAACUCCGACUGCAGAAAUGGUUUGUGCCGACAUCAGACCGGGAGAGGAAGAAGGUGAUCCGUGACAUGAUAAUGUUGGUGCUGCCCCGUCAGCCCCGUACCUGCAACUUCCUCCAAUGGAAGGACCUAAAGAUUGUUUACAAAAGAUAUGCCAGCCUGUAUUUCUGUGCUGGUCUGGAGGAGCAGGAUAAUGAACUUCUUGCUUUGGAGGUGCUGCACCGAUAUGUUGAGCUGCUGGAUAAAUACUUUGGCAAUGUGUGUGAGUUGGACAUCAUCUUCAACUUUGAGAAGGCAUACUUCAUCCUGGAUGAAUUCCUGAUGGGUGGAGAGGUUUUAGAAACGUCCAAAUUUGCAGUGAAUGUGUCUAUGGAGCAGGCUGACACGCUACAAGAGACAAUGGAGGAAUACAUGAGCAAACCUGCCUACUGAGUCAUGAGAGGAUGAGGAUGUUGGAGAAAAUGUAUUAGUAGUGUGAUCCUGAAGACUCCUUUUUAUUCAUCUCAGGGUUCUUAGAAAGAUUUACUGUUCAGGU